UCCUCUUCAACAUUUGCAUUUGAUUUUUUAUUCUUUUUUCUCUCUCCUCUUUUUAAUAACUAUCUACAAGAAGGAGAGAGAAACAUGGCAGGAGGGGGUGGAGGACUGGGAGCGUCCAGACAACUCGACCAGACUCCGACAUGGGCCGUUGCAUUAGUCUGCGCCAUCAUCGUUAUUAUCUCCGUAAUUCUGGAGAAAUCUAUUCAUAAAGUUGGAGAGAGUUUCUCCAGGAGAAAGAAGUUUUCUUUGCUUGAAGCUCUAGAUAAAAUUAAAGCAGAGCUGAUGAUUCUCGGCUUCAUAUCCCUCCUCCUGACAUUCGGGCAGAACUUUAUUGCCAAAAUCUGCGUUCCUGAACAUAUUGGGAACACUAUGUUGCCAUGUUCAAGGAAACCACAUGCAAAUGAGCACGAUCAUCAUAGGAGGCUACUAUGGCAUGAACGUAGAUUCUUGGGGGCGGAUAGUCCAGCCGAAGGAUGUAAGAAAGGAUAUGUGCCGCUUAUAUCUGUCAGUGGACUGCACCAGCUCCACAUCUUCAUUUUCUUUUUGGCCAUUUUCCAUGUCAUUAACAGUGGUGCAACGAUGAGGCUUGGGAGGAUGAAGAUUCGAGCAUGGAAAGAAUGGGAACAAGCUAUUGCAGCCGAAGAAGAAUCAGCCAACGAUCCUACACGAUUCCGGCUUACACACGAGACGUCGUUCGUGAAGGGCCACACCAGUCCUUGGGUGACAAACGCCGCCCUGUUUUAUAUUGCUUCCUUUUUCCGGCACAUGUUGUGGGCAGUUCGGAAAGCUGACUACUUGGCUUUGCGCCAUGGAUUCAUCUCAGUCCAUUUGGCUCCCGGAAAGAAGUUCGACUUUCAGAAGUACAUCAAGAGGUCGUUGGAGGACGACUUCAAAGUGAUUGUAGGAAUUCCCCCAGCGUUAUGGUCUAUUGCUGUGAUAUAUCUGCUCGUGAAUGUUAACGGAUGGCCAGCUACAUUUUGGCUGUCGAUAAUGCCCCUAGUGAUUAUUUUAGCAGUUGGCACGAAGCUACAGUCGAUCAUCACUAGGAUGGCUAUCGAGAUCCAAGAAAGGCAUGCGGUCGUUCAAGGGAUCCCACUCGUGCAAGUCACUGACAGACACUUUUGGUUCAACCGGCCUAAGUUUGUUCUUCAUCUUCUCCAUAUAACGCUCUUUCAGAAUGCUUUCGAGAUAACAUACUUCAUUUGGACAACGUAUGAGUUCGGGUUGUAUUCUUGCUUCCACGACUACUUCACUCUUACUCUUAUCAGAGUCUGUAUAGGGGUAUUUGUUCAGUUCUUUUGCAGUUAUAUCACCCUUCCCCUUUAUGCACUCGUUUCACAGAUGGGAUCACACAUGAAAAAGUCAAUUUUCGACGAACAAACCUCAAGGGCUUUGAAGAACUGGCACAACAAAGUGAAGAAAAGGAGCGAGUCUAGUUGUAAAGCACACAGCCGCAGAUUGGGAGCCGGUAACCUUGACGUUUCACUGACCAAUAUAAGCUCAAAGAUCGCUUCCUCGAGCAUCAUACUGGCUGAUAAAAGAGAGACGGGAGACGAGUCGACGAAAGUAGAUAUCAUCCCGCAAAGCACAGCACCUGCUGACCCCAAGAAUGUGAGUAGUUUACAUUCCUAG